CGAACCGGAAACAUGUUUGUGCUUACAGUAGUGAAGUGUAGGAGUUUAUGCGCACGCCCAUGUUCUACACAUUGAUAUAUACUCUCAUCCCUGAUUGAUCUGUGAUCUGUGAUCGACGACAGGUAAAACCAGGAAACAUGGCUAUGAGGAAUAGAAAAAUUCCGAAGGAGGUGUUAGCCGUGUUUGAAAAGUAUAUGAAGAAUAAUGUGAGAAAUCUGAAGAAAGAACAAGCUCUGGAAUUGUUUCAACAAGAAUUUGGUCUUGAUGAUGAACAGGGACAGAUCAUGUUCGAUACAUUUGACAAGGAUAAGAAUGGAAUAAUGAGCAUAUGGGAGUUUCAGCAAUUUUACAUGAGCGUCGGCGAUUGUGCCCAGGAUGUGAUAAACAAAUUCAAAGAAAUAGACGCAGAUGGAAGCGGCAAGCUGGACAGUGAUGAGGCAAAGGAAGGCCUCAAAACAUUAAAAACUGCAACUGGAAGAAAUUUAGAAGAAAAGGAAAUAGAUUUUUUUAUGAAAAGCUGUAAAGGUGAAGACGGCAUGAUAGAUCUUGGCCAGUUUAUGAAUCUUUUAUAUACAUUAAAACUUUAUAAAGCUCCAGCCCCGAAGAAAUAAUUGAUGAAAGUGUUGAAGGACUUGAGUAUUCUUUGAAGUGUACAUUUAAAGAAAAAUGCAAUGGUGUUUUACAUUUAUAAUAUACGUGUUUUUUAUAAUUACAUAUAUAUUUUUGUAGGGGUUAUUCUAGAUAAUCAUUUACUAACAUUAUUUUUUUGUUAUAAACUUCCCGAUAUUCAAUUCAGAAUUCUAGAAGUGAAGUUCCCAAUGAAAAUCAAAGCAGUAGAGGUUUUAAAGUAUUGAGAAAGGCACAAAGGUUCAAAAUAUAUGCUGCAAUUAAUCACAAUUAAGUUGCGUCAGUUUUAGAAAAGAACAAAAUGAGAUGUAUAUGCAUGUAGAUGUUUUGUAUCAACAUAUUUACGUUGUAAUGUAUUAAACCUUUAGACAGGCGAAAACUGGUUCUAACUAUCCCACCAGUGCAGAAAAAGACCACGUACUGGACUGUACGUAAUUCAGACAGUAAAUAUUUUGAAUGGUUUUGUCCGUCUUUCAUUCCGGACAAGUCAAUUUUAGAUAUUAUGCGUAAUAAGGGUUUGAUUUAGUUCCAAUCCUAUUCCGACAAUUUGUUACUACAUUGUACUACAGAGUAAAAAUACACUUUUCGAUAUUUCGGGUAGGGUAAUUUAAGCCAUGCUUGAGUGCAUUUUGUGUUAAAUUAAAUCAACUUAAGAAUUUCCAUAAUUAUAUCAUUAGGCUUUUACACGGAAAUGAGAGUAAUUUCAGAAUUGUUACACUUCAUUUCCAGCAACAUUCAAAUCGUAUUUGGGGUGAUUUGCUUGACCUCUAUAUAUCAUUGUUUGUUAACAGAUAAUUGGAAUAUAUAUACUGUAUUAAUACUUGCUUUUUUAUAUGUUUCUUUGAGAUGGAAUGUAUUCUUCUGUAUUUUUUUGUUAAUAAAUAUUCUAUUAAACUAA